AAGGAAGAGUAGCCAGAAGUGUUUUAGAGAAUUCAAGUCAGGAUGAUCUUCGGAAAUGCAUCGGGUUUUCUCGUUUUGGGAUUUUGUCUCAAUCUCAUCGCCUUCUCCCUGAACCUUAUUGGAUUUGCAACACCUUAUUGGGUCAAGGCUACGUCACCAAGUUCCAUUACAUAUAUCUUCGGAUUAUGGAAGCUUUGUAAAAAAUCUUCAGAGGAAACUGUUUGCCAAAGUACAUUAAAUGCACCAGACUGGUUUAGAUUAGUACAAAGUACUGGAUCUAUCGGAUUUGGCUGCCUUCUUUUGGUGUCAUCAUUACUGUUCUUCUACGUGUUCAUUCUAAGGAGAAGAAAUACUAUCAUAGUUCUUAUUUGCCUGUGUAUAAAUGUUAUAGCAGCUAUUAGUAUCUUCAUAGCCAUAGUGACAUUUGGAAGCUCUAAUGUCCAGGAAACGUUUUCUAUAGGUGACGUAGCCCUAUCGGAUGAUCUACAUUUCUCAUUUGUUCUGACUGUCAUAAGUAUGGUCACAUGUGCCGUUGCUGCCGGAUGUUUAGUGUUUGAUUACAAAUACGGAUGAAAACAUUCCUUAACGUUUUGUUGUCAAAGUGUAAUAUAUCUCUGAGGUACGAGGUAAAAAUAAAAAUUAUAUUUUUUCACCAAU